UCACAGCUCCACCUCAUCUUCAGUUUCUCCUUCUCCCUGUGAAGUACACUGGUUAAGGACAAAAAGGACCAGACACACUAACCGAGGCUCAAUUUGACCGUACAUCAUUUGACCACACAUGGUGGACCGUACAUAGUGGACCGUAUAGGAUUGUGAGGACCGGGGGUUCAACCCGAGUGAACCGUGGUCCAGUGAACCGUGGUCCCGCCCUAUGGGGAAGACUGGUAAGAGCACAGUGGACCUCAACUCCCCGACAGAGGUCAAACAGGCAGUCCCAUUCGAGGUCAUGGAGAUGGUGGCGUCCCCGGAUGGCGAGGAGAAGGAGGAAGUACUCCCUGACAGGGGCUCCUGGAAGGGCAAGUUUGACUUCCUGUUGUCAUGUGUGGGCUACGCCAUCGGCCUGGGGAACGUCUGGAGGUUCCCUUACCUGUGCGGCAAGAAUGGAGGAGGGGCUUUCCUGAUCCCGUACUUUCUCACCCUGGUGUUUGCUGGUAUACCUCUGUUCCUGUUGGAGACGUCACUGGGCCAGUUCACCUCGGUGGGGGGGCUGGGGGUGUGGACCAAACUAAUGCCUAUGAUGAAAGGCGUUGGUCUGGCCUCAGUGGUGCUCUCCUUCUGGCUCAACAUCUACUACAUUAUCAUCAUCGCCUGGGCCCUCUACUACCUCUUCAACUCCUUCAGAGAGGAUUUGCCAUGGGAGGGUUGUGAUAACCCGUGGAACACAGAGAAGUGUUUCUCCAACUACAGUUUGACAGACACUACCAACCUCACCAGUGCCGUCACUGAGUUCUGGGAGUACGUCAAAUCAUUUAUUUGA